AUGCCUGACAACCCAAAAAGGCUUGUAUUUGAGAGCACUCAACAGCGGUAUGAGGUCCCUUUGCGACAAGACGAGAGGUUACCCUCCUCUCCUGAUGCAAGUCAUUCCCCUUCUAAGAACCCUGCGGUAGCACCUACUUCUCGUGACCACUCUCAGAGAAGGACUCAUGCUGCUCAGCGUACCGUGGAUAGGGUCCUGUGUAACCUGAAGAGGGUGGUUUUUGAGAGCUCGCAGGAGAGGUUUGAGCAUCAUAUUCGACCAGAGCAUGUGUUGCCUUCUGCAGCUGGUCAUGAUAGUGAUGAUGACGACUUCAUGCCCAUUCGCAACGCCCGUUCAUUCUCACACAUCGACAAAUCUAGGGAUGUUGCGUUCUCGCUUUCUGUAACUAUUGCCAUUGGUGAGAACAUGCCUCUGCUGGAUGAUGUUCCGGCUUCUGAAAUGCCAGCCACAACAUCCUCGUUAUGGCCUGGUGUGCACGAUGAUGUUCCACCUUCUGAAAUACAUGCCGCCACAUUAGUUGUGUGCAUUGUCUGCGAUGCUGACGAUUCAGUCACAACCCCUUUACAAUUGCUCUUCUCCCCAAACAGCUGCUUCCGGCAACCCAUUCUGAUUGAAUAA